AUGUUUUACUAUCUUACACACUUUCUUAUCUUCCUAUCAGACAGAUGCUGCGACACGGUGAAUCAAACCCAAAGUACUGAGGAAGGUUCAGUGACCAUCAGCUGUCCGUACGACUCUCAGUCUGUCAACAAGCUGAAGUUCUUCUGCAGAGGAAACCGGCCCUCCACAUGUCUACAGCAGGCAGUGAUCACCUCUAGCAACACACAAGAUGGACGAUUCAGACUCUCUGAUGACAGGAAGUCAGGAAUAUUCACAGUGACCAUUUCCAGUCUGACCCUGAAGGAUUCUGGGUCGUAUCUUUGUGGAAUCCAGAGAAACUCAGGAUUUGAUGUUUUCACUGCUGUUGACCUGGAGGUCAAAGAAUUGGAGUCGUACAACAUCAGUGGCAUCGAGGGACGUCCAGUAACUCUGCAGUGUCCUAAUUCAGGACAACAACAUGAUAACAGGAAGUUCCUCUGUAAAGGAGACCAACACAACAACUGCACAGACAUGAUGGAGAACCAAACAAAGUUCAAGCUGCUCAAUGUCUCCUCCAGCUGUUUCUCUGUGAUCAUCACUGAACUGGAAGCAGCUGAUGCAGGAACAUACUACUGUGGUUCAGACUCUCAGCUGAGAUUCAUAAAGAUACAGCUGGCAGUCGUCUCUCUACAUCAAACCAGCUCUGUGGCUCCGACCGGUACUGGUGAACAGGUUACAUCACAGCCACCAUCACAUAAUCGUGAUGUUUCUUUAUUCUACAUUCUGCCUGCUGUCUUCGUUCUGCUUCUGAUCCUGACAUUUGUCCUUUUGCUGGUUUUAAAGUACAAAUCAAGGAUCAAGCAAGUGGAUGGAAUCAAUGUGAAUGUGUUGAACUCUGCUAACAGUAAUAAUGUGGAGAUGAGAAUCAAUGAUAUCUAUGAGUUACAUGAGGAUGUUGUUUACAUGAACUCUACCACUCCAAACACGUUGAGCCAUGAUCACAAUGAUGUCUACAACAACAUCCUUUAAAGGAGACCUGCCGAAGUUAGGAAACACGUGACCAGUGUUAGUGACAGUAACAGCUCAGUAAAGGAACCAAAUGCUGGUGUGUUUAUAUUUAGAUAUGUUUUUAAUAUUUACGUAUUAGUUUUAUGUUAAAUGUGACUAAGUGAAGACACACAGACAGAACAAGUCAAACUGAUUUGCAUUUUGAUGUCAGCCUGUGUGAAGGUCAGGCGAUUUGUUCACUGUCACAAUAUGCAUGUUUUGGGCCUGUUGUGUUUCUGAAACCAAGAAGGAAUUUCAAAAUUAGUUUCAGAGAAUCUACACAUAGACAAAACUUAUUCACACCUAUGGCAGAUUUAGGAGUAAGGUAAUAUUUUAAUUUUAGCAUUUUCCUCUGAAUGAAAGUAAUCU